AUGCCACCAUAUUUAACGAUAUACGAUGGCACCACAGACCCAGAAGACCACAUCAUUCACUAUGUCACAGCAGUAAAGGACAACGACCUAUCAAAGGAGCAAGUACCGUCAGUGCUACUAAAAAAGUUUGGCGAAACCCUAACCGGAGGAGCCCUAACUUGGUACUCACAACUACCAGCACGGUCCAUAAAAACGUUUGAAGAAAUGGCUGAUAAGUUUGUCACCGCCCAUGGCGAAGCUAAGAAAGCGGAGGCCAGGGUGAACGACAUAUUCGGCAUUAGGCAAUCGCCAGGCGAUGGACUCAGGGACUUCCUUGCUCGGUUUAACAGGGUGAGAAUGGGCUUACCAAACGUAUCGAAAGGGAUGGCGGUAACAGCUUUCCAAAACGGGUUAAACAGAAAUGGGUCAAGGGCAACCAUGAAGCUGUUAAGCAGGCUCAUGAAAUACCAUCCCACCACUUGGGAAGAAAUUAACAACACCUACUGUGCCGAGGUGAGAGUAUAUGAUGAUGACCUUAACGGUCCAAACCAACGUUUAACGUCAAUGCAAAUAGAGCCAAGGAAAGACCGUCGUAAUGACAGUCAAAGAGAUCAGUCUGGACCACGCCAUAACCGAGAUAGGCAUCAGCCCUAUGUCAAAAACACCAUUCCACGAUCCCCUCGACAUAUGGAAGGGUCGUCCAGGCCGCACACAGGGACUCAGCUAAACGAAAGAGAAGUAGUGUACGCACUAGAGAAGCUUGGUACGAAGGAGUGGGGUCACAAAACCGAGGACUGCAUAGCCCUACGGCAAGAAGUGGUUAACAUGCUGAACCAAGGACACCUGAAGGAGUUAAUGAGUGACCGAGGACGAGCUAACUUUGGCCGUGGACGAGAACAACACCAGGGCCCUUCAAAGCCGCCCUCUCCUGCCCGCAACAUUCGAACGAUCAUCUGUGGAGGCGACGAAGCAGCAGUCAACCACAUAAAAUUUACCACCACACACAAGCUGAAGCGGUCAAUCACUCACGAUCGGUAUGAUGACCUCGAAGAAAGUAUCAUCUUCGAUAAGUCAGCUACCAACGAUUUGAUUUUUCCUCACUCCGAUGCUCUUGUCAUUACUUUACCUAUUUCAGAUAAUGAUGUUAAAAGAAUAAUGGUAGACGACGGAAGCGGCGCGUGA